ACUGCAUAGGCAGCCAGUCUGAGAAUGGAGGUGACAAGGUUUUUCCAACUGUUGCUGCUGAUCUGCUCUCUCUUCACCGCUCAGCUUCAAAUAGUGUCUGACAAAGACAUUAUUCCACAUGGAAAGCAAACUGAAUCCCAGGGAAGGGAACCAGCAAAUACCUCUGACCACCAACAGGGCUGCACACAAGACAUCCAUGCUGUGCUGAGAGAGAUGAGCGCUUCAUUGGCUGAGCACAGGGUGGAGAUAAGGCACAUACAGAGAGAGAAUGAAGCACAAGCUGCUAAACUGAAAGAACUGGAGUUGCAGAGGACUGAGCUGGAGAGGCAGAAGACUGAGCUGGAUAAGCUGAAGCAACAACUUCAAGCACAGUCAGGAGAACUGAUCACCAUGAAAGGCAGAUUAAAUGUCACAGAAAAACAGGUGCAGGCUCUGCAGAGAGAUGGAGAAGUCAAACAGGUGGCUUUCUCAGCCUCUCUGCUGGCUUCCGGCGAAGUAACUCUUGGGCCCUUUAACACACACACUCCUCUGGUCUUCAAGCAUGUUGUUACGAACAUUGGAAAUGCCUACAACCCAAACACAGGUACUUUCAUUGCACCAGUGAGAGGAGCCUACCGCUUUGAGUUCUACAUAGGUGCACAUGGACAUGCUUCACAUCCUUCAGGUGCUGUGUUGGUCAAGAACGGACAGCAUAUUUUUAUUGCAUAUGAGCAUCAACCAUCCCACUAUGGGAGCUCUGCUAAUGGCGUCACGCUGCUGUUAGAGGUUGGAGAUGUCGUGUUUUUGCGUUUGUGGGUUAACUCAAGGAUUUUUGACAAUGGAAAUCACCAUAGCACCUUCAGUGGUCAUCUGCUUUUCACCAUAUGAGAAGGAAGCCUUUUUUCUUCAGCGGUGUGAUAGAUAGCUGUACUUGCUGAUAAUGUGUGGCCAUGAAUAUUUAAUAUUAAAAACAAAUACUUUAUACUGAGACACAGUUUCAGGGAUUUAAUUAUUUAUUAUAGUCCUAAUCUCUUAGAUAAUAGUAGACGAUCUCUUAAACUCAUCAUUGCAGCACUAUUUUUGGACAUUUUUUUAGAUAUGGUGAUUUUGUUUGUGCAUGAAAUAUUUGUCUCAUUAUUAGAAGAAAAUCUAAAGAAAUUUGAUGAAACAGAUGUUGCUAUUUAGGCUUAAGAAAUGUGAGAUAAGAUGUUCUCUACUGGUCAAAAGUAUUUUUAAAAACCUAUUUAUUUCCAACUGUGACAUAAAUUUAAAUAAUUCAGUGUUUCUGAAAUUAAAGCAUAGAACAAAUAAACAGUUGGAGAUUUUAAAAAUAAGGAAUCAUGGGAUCUUUUUUUAAAAACUAAAUUUAAUGUAAAUUUUUGAAUCAUUCAGCAGCUGAACACACUCGUAACGUAUUUUUUGCAAAGUCUGUGACUAUUAAACUUUUAACUUUAACAUAAAUAUUCCUUUUUUUGUGACUGAAUGUCAGUGCUAACAAUGGUUGGUGUUAGAUUCCAACACUGAUUCUGGAGGAAGUGAAGCCUCCUCCCCCUGCUAAUUUCUAUUUUCCCUUUCCUGAACCUUAAUCUAACCUUAUCCCUGCCUACCUUAUCUAACUGUUGUGACUUCUGAUGCCUAACUUGACCACAAAUUUACACUAACUUUAACCAGUUAUCUCUGCCUACACCUGUGUGCUGGAAACUAAUUUGACGCUUUACUAUACUAUGAAGUUUUUUAUGACAUUUUGAGGUCUUACAAAAAUAUGAGUUUUGUUGGUCUAUUUUGAAGCCUUAGCCCCCCAUGACAUGUUUUAUGACAUUUUGAGGUCAUACUAAAAUUUCAAUUGAACACAAGGUUUGGUGCAGGUGGACAGCACACCAGCCAGGCAAGAUGGGAGAUGGAAAGGAGGGGGCUCAGUUCCGCCCAGACCUGUCCUUGAACCUGAUCUGUCCUGUCUUCCACUGGUCAUGUGUAAAGGCCACGUGCUGUACUUCUUUGGUAUAAGAUGGGAAGGGCUAAAUUUUAGAUAUGAGUAGAAUCAUCCCAAAAAUAACCAAUGUAAGGAAAAAGGGAUGUGGUCAGACAUACCACAUGGUCUGUAACACACCUACAAUCUACAAUAUAAAAAGUGAUGCACAGAUGGUAAAAAUCAGUCGUCUCCGUGGGACGGCUCUGGCUUUUGAAUUCUGUAUUGAAGAAUAAAGCUCUAUGGAUUCAACUUCCCUGGACUCCAGUGCUUAAGAUGUGCCUCUUUGUGU